AUGGACGCACAGGAGGAGCGCCCGCUCUCAGAUGGAGACUGUGUCUCUUUUGUGCCGCGACACUCCCUGCCUGGCCCGUACUAUCAUUUGGAAGAGAUGCUUCAGUCGGCCACUGCAUGGGAGCAAUUUCCGGCCGUCCCGUUUGGCCCUGCUACGGCUUCCUUUUGCGUUGUGGGUGACAAUGGGUACAGGCGUGUCGCUGCGGACGACACUUCCCUUGUUGUUGACCGUGCCGCCCUAGUUCGUGACUUUGGGCUUACCCCUGGUACCGCUCUGGUGCAAAUGGCGGCUCCCCCGGCUAGCGAUGUUGCUUUGAACGGCUUCUACUGUCGGAAUGCAUGUGCUGUCUCGGACCCAUUUGAUAUUUCUGAGGUGGGGCGCGAGGCUAUCACUGCCUUGACGGUCAUUGAUUGUCGGGCCAUGCUCCAAGGUUGGCAGCUGUGCGUCUCCACGGAUGGUUUCGUCUCUUGUGGCGCCCUGCGGGAAGAGUUUUCGGUCUUUUGCCCUCCGGGAUGGUGCGUUCACCUUGAGGGCUUGGAAGGUGAUCAGGACCGCUGCCUGUUGCACCCCGGCAAGGUUAUUUAUGCGUCUUAUGUCCCUCUGCCGCAUCAUCCCGAGGCUGCUUUUGUCGUUGAGGGUCGCGAUAGUGAAGCUCCUACUGACGAUGAGAUGCUGUCGUCUUUGUCCAUUGGUACUGACCCGCCUGACUCUCCGCCCGCUGCUGGAGGCAUCGGAUCCAUCGAGAGAAGUUCUCGCAGCAGAUCUCCAUACCGGGGGAACUCUGCCCCUGAGCCGAGUGCGCCGGCCUCUGCUCAUGGCUACUUUGUGGCUCCUUUCCUUAUUUUCUCUCAGGAGUAUGUGCCUGAGCAGGUGAACUUGAUCAUGCCCGAAGGUCUUGAUACAGCAGAGGUGCUCCUGCGUGUGCAGCGGUGCAGGACAGAUGCCUCGCGGACACGCUUCCCCGCCCUGGAGGUUGUCUCUCCCCAAACCUCCGGUGCAUUUGGCGUUCUUCUGGCCUGGCCGGGCUGGUGCUCUGAGAUCUUUGCCGUUUUCGACACGACCCACGUUGAUGGCGCCAUCUUUUGUUGGGUUGUGUCCCCUGUUAUGAACAGGGAAUCUCUGUUGGCCGCUGCCGGCCUGGCGGUCUACAGUGACACUGAGGUCUAUGGACCAGAAUCAGAGCGUCCUUUGCUCCCCGGCGAGGAUUGCCGAAUGUUCAACGGGGGCUGUGUAUCCUUUGUGCCUGCCAGCGCCUCCCAUUUCGUGGUCUCGACUCUUGCUGAUAUGCUCCUGUCGAGCGCGGGGUGGAGUGUUGACUUUGCGGCUCCUGGCCCUCUUGGUCGUUGGGUCCACGUGUUGACCGAUACGGACCCUUGGAGUGUUGCGUGCGCUCUCGAGAGGCGACGUUUCUUGCGCCAAGAGGUGUCCGAGGCACUGACGAUCCCUAUUGUGUCACUUUUCCUCCAGCCUGCGAGGCCGCCUGUGACUGAUUUCUCUGACAGCGGUCGGCAUGCGGCAGAAGUUGUGAUUGCUACUCCGCGUCAUCCGGAGCCGGAGGGUUGUCACUUUUUCCUGGAUCUGCGGCCUAUCUGUUGUGGGUUAUCCUGGGCUGCCUCUGCGGACUGUAUGGUUGAUGUUGAGGCCGUACGCCAGCGAUGCGCGCGCCAGGGGCUCCCUGCUAGCUGUGUUGUUGUUCGGGGUGGCUCGGCUGUCGAGGGGGGCCGAGUUCGCGUUUUUGCUGGCGAGGUUCUUGAGGUUUGUCAUAUGCCUGCUGAUCCGGCCAGGGGCGACGGGGCUGUAUGUGAUGGCCCUGGCUCUCCCGCUUCUGCUCGUGGCCUUGAUGCUGAAACGGGGUGCUAUGCUUCCGAGAGUGCUGGGGCGCUAGAUAAGCGUCGGCGUCAAUCCGACCCCGCAGAAGAGACUGGAGGUCCUUCCUCUAGCUCUGCUUCAGUGCUCCCGGAGAACGCGUCAGUUGAAAUUAUGUCUGGUCCGGGCCCUCUGAAUGGUUCUGCUACUGCGGUGGCUGCUCGCUUGCUGACCGAACCGACGUGCAGCAGCCCGGGGCAACUGCAAGCCCUUCAAGACCUGAGGUUUGUCACCACCGAAAUGGGAGGAGAGUGGCCGUAUAUCCCUGCGGGCGACGGCAUGGAGGACCGCGUGGGAACCGACGACGACAUGUCGGAUGAGUUCUUGCUAGGCUCGGCUGUCCACUGGAUGCGAGCGCUGGUUUUGAAGCCCCUCUUUGCUCCGGAAGAUUUGCGCUUCGCCAUCCGACUUCCGGCUCUGAUUGAGGACGUUCGUCUUGCUGUGCGUGACGUGCGUCGACAUGAUCUGUCAGAUGACUUUCCCAAUUUAUUGGAAGUCUUCCCGCAGCCUGUUGCUGGCAUCUGCACCUUCGUCGCCAACCCUGCGUGGCUAGGGCUUGCCAUGGUUGCGUGUAUUGAUGCCCGUGAUGUCGACGGUCGCUUAUUCGCCACGCAGGUGCCGGAUUACAUAGACCGGCAGGAAGCCCUUUCGUUGGUUGCACUUCCCGCUGACUCUGACAUUCUUGUCGUUGUUGGAUUGGAUGAACAGCCCUUACUGGAUGGCGUCCAGGCCCAUGUGUAUCCGGGCAUUGCCUUGCGGUUCUUUCGGCCUGGUUUCAUGCCUGGGUUGCCUCAGAUUACUCUGGCCCAGGCGCUCCUGUCGCUGGAGGGCUGGGCUGAUGACAUUGGCCCCAUUCUUGCACCUGCGCAUGGGUACUGUGUGGUGCUUGAUAGGGGCUUCUGUUUCUGUGACAUCGACCCUGCUCAGCCCUGGCACUAUCGCCGCCGACUCUCUGAGGUCUCUGGAGUUCCUGAGUAUAACCUGACGAUUUGCUCAGCUUCGCCCCAAGUUUCUGAUGCGGCUGUCGAUGGAUGGUGCUGUCGUGCCCUGGUCCUGGCCAUACCUCGCGUCCCGGUGGAUGAGGGCCGUCGUGCUUUCUUCUUCUUCGUGGAUUGUCGACAGUUGUUCCAGGGGUGGAUCUACGGCGGCGCCUCCCACGACCGCGUUCUCGCAGAGGUCGUCUUGGAUGACCUCAACGCUGAGGCGCCUCUGGGUUGGCGCGUUGCGGUGAAUGGGGUGGUUGACGGCAGCGCAUUUCUCAGUGUUCAGCCCGGCGCUGUUCUUACGGCAGUUUAUGUUCUUGACGUUCCUUCCUCGGUACCCGGCAGCAGGCUUGUUGUUCCUGAAGCACAGCGUCCGAGGCCGAGUAUGGCCUCUGCUCCCCCCUGGCUCAGGCAGGCUGGUGUUGACCACACGGGCACGCCAUUUGACGCCGUAUUCUUCGUCUUGGCCCCUGAUUAUCUGCCGGAGCGAGUUGUUGUCUCCCUUAUCGCCCCGGCUACUUUGGCGCAAGCGAUGAGCGCGGCCAACUCGCUGCGCCAACCGAAUGCGCGCGCUCUGUUUCCGCGCUUGGUCGAGGUCUUUCCGCAGCCUGCCUUGGCGUUUGCUGUCGUUCUUGCUGCUCCUCGGUGGGAUUCCGAGCAUGUCCUGGUGUGUGUUGAUGCAUGGCUCGUCGAUGGGCGAACCUUUGCCAUUGCGGUCACUCCCGUAACCUCGUGGGGCGAGCUUCUGCUUGCGGCUGGCUACGCGCCCGUUGGCAACAUACAGCUGCGUGUUGGUGCUGCCGUCGAGCCGAUGGCCCCUGACGCUGUUGCUCGUAUUUCCGAGGGGGAUCGUAUCCGUAUCACUCCAGGUCCGCCCCUGCUUCCCUUUGCCUCACCGCUGCCUGAUCUGCUCCGUUCCGCGGGAGGAUGGGACCCGCAGGCUUUGUUGGGUGAUGAGCUUGACGAGGGACUGUGCCUUAUCACCCCCCGGCGCUGUGUCGAGCUGCUCGCCCAGGAGCUCCCAGUGUUGCCGCGGCGUGCUGCAGAGGUCAUAGGAAUCGAUGAGACAACUCUCCGACUUGUCGAGGUGAGCCCGUGCCCCUCAGGCCUCUGCAUGAGAGGCAGAGCCGGCGCGCAGAUGUUCCUCGCGUCUUCCCCCAACGAGGACGUCAGAGGUGGUGUGAUUGAUGCUCGCCCGUUGCUUCUGGGGUUGCACUCUUUCUUCCGGUCCGUCGCUGCAGUGGACUGUUCCGGGCUCCUCCCGGACUUUGACUGUCCCCCAGGCUUUCGCGUCGGUUUUGUCGGCGGAGCCUCCGGCAUUGCCCUCUCUUCUGGCUUUCGCGAGUUCCAAAACGGUGACUUGCUGACGGCUUAUUUGGUUGCUGCCGGAACCGAUGACGACAUUCGUGUCUUGACCUUUUCUGGGCCCGCUUCUGGAGCUGAUGGUGACAUUUGUGCCCCGCUCCAUUCUGACCAUGCUUUUGAAGCAGCCACCUCGGGCGGUGGAGGGGCUGGCGGAAGCGGAAUUGUUCCCUUCCUGGACGUUCAUGACUCAUCGUCGUCUGGCUCGGUUACGGUGCGGCGGGCGCUCUGGGGCGUGGAGAUGGCCAUGUGUGUUGGGGGAGCACAUACCUUUACUCCCGGCUCUUUGCCUAGUGGAGAUUGCCCACGUUCUGGCCGCCCACAUGGAGCCCGACGGGCCUUGCCCACGCCAUGUCGUGCUGGUCGUUUCUUCCUAGGGAAUGAUGCCGAUGCUCGUCGGGAUGUUCACGCGGAGGCUCCUUUCUUGCCUAUCGGCCCGCCUGGCCUGGCUGGAUCCGUUGAGGUGGGCGAUCCUGCGUCCCCCUCGCAUGACCGCACUCUGCUGGAGGAGAGCGUGCUCGAUCCUUCCUGCCCUGCUUUCUUCCUUGCUGCCACGCUUGUCGAGACUUUGUUUGAGCACUUUAACGUGCCGGCCCCAGCUGUUGGGACGGGCUUUCCAGUACUUCCGGCUGUUGGGGAGCAGAAUUGUGAGGUUUUUGAUGUGGAGAGGGGCGCAGGAUCAUGUGCCACUCCGCUAACUGAUGCAAUGUUUGCGGAUCUGGUGCGCUUUGCCCCGCUCGGGCGCGCUGCUGUACUGCCGAAAAGCCUGCCCCGCGCCGAGCGCUUUGAUGCGUGGGUCGGACGGGGCUCCCCCGGAAGGAUACCUGACGAUGCCACAGCUCUGUGCCUCACCUCUGACGGUUCCUUUAGUGCGGAGGGCGGCACCGCUGGAUGGGGACUUGUGGUCUCGGUUCUCACUCCGGGUGUGCCCUGCUGCCCUGGUGUGUAUGUGGGUCAUGCCUUCGGCGACUCGGUGCCCAUCUGGCGCUUCGGUGGCGCUGCAGAUGGUUGCCUGUGUGCCUAUGCUUCUGAAAUAGUCGGCCUCUUCUGGGCCGCCGUCGCCGGUUUCCAGUGCAAAUUUCAGGGCCCGCUCAUGUUUCUGUGUGACAAUGAGUCUGCCCUGGGUGCGGCGGCUGGGACCUGUGCCGAGCCUUCCUCUCUUCUUGCCCCGGAAGAGAUCAUGCAGCCCUUUCUCCGUGCCGUUCCCCCUAUGGGCCCGGACUCGAGACGGGUGGCCCUCUUGGAUGCGGCCUUGCACGCACAUGGGGUCUUUAUGGCUGGCCUGCAAGAGACCAGGACGCCGGAGGGGAUGGGGCGCACCACGCACUAUUGCAGAUAUAGUUCAGGGUGUUUGGAAAAGAGGGCCUUCGGUGUGGAACUGUGGGUUGCGCACGGACGCGGGUGGCCGGAUCAUUCCGCGGUCGUGUUGCACUCCGACUAUUCCCGCCUUUGCGUGCGAGUCUCCUUCCUUGGCCUCCAUGUGUUGGUACUGGUCGCGCACGGUCUACACAGCGGCCACCCGUCGGCGGAGCGCUCUCAGUGGUGGCGCGACACUGUGGCUGUUUGUUCCCGAGCUGGCUUCAAUGAGCUGUGGGUGCAUAUGGUGGAUGCCAAUUGCAAGCUCGGAGCGGUUCUCAGUGACAAUGUCGGUCCUCUUCAUGCAGACCCGUUUGAUGGCAUUGGCGAGCUUUUCCAUGGCCUCUUGAUCCAGUGCCAUGCGUGGCUUCCAAGCACCUUUUCUGACUCCUUCUCCGGGGCAGGGGGAACUUUCUCACAGAAAAGAUCAGGUGCCCUAGCCCGGGGGGACUAUGUAUCUCUUCCUCUGGAUUGGCGCCACGCUAGGGUUCGAGGCCGGGUAGAAGCCGCCAUCUCGGCGGGACACUCGAUACUUGACCAUUUUGCGGUGCUAGUGGACCUUGACCUUCGGCUCUUUGCGCCGGUGCGCAUCAGACGAGCCGCACGGAUCGAUGCUACAGCCCUGCUUCGUCCCGAGAAUAGUGCGGCCGUCUCUCGCAUCUGCGCUGCGGUGCCGCCUGUGGAGUGGUCAGUCAACGUCAAUGAUCAUGUUGCCGUGGUUGUAGAUUCGCUCUAUAGGGGCCUGGUGGCGGAGUUCCCACUGCAACAACGGAGGCUUAGCCGCCCUUACCUCUCUGAUGAGGUUGCGGGCGUGCACCGGCGUGUUGCUGCGGUGCGUCACUCGUUGCGAUGGCGCGUGCUCGCCUACCGGGCUACUCUGGUCAGAUGUGCGUUUGUUGCUUGGAACAACGGUGCUGCCUUUGUGGAUGUCUUUACCGGACGCUGGCUGCACGACCUGCGGGUGUCUAUAGCUGUGGCCACCUUUCAACUCCACUCCCUCGGUCGUGUUGUCAGGCGACUCUGCAAGCGAGAUCGUGCCGAUUACUUCUCUGCUCUCGCCGAUGAGGCCGAAGCGGCGCCUCCCGGCAAGAUCCACCUGGCCAUUAAGAAGGUGUUGCGCCCCAAGAAGUACCGCCGUGUCGGUAUGCAGCCACUUCCGCGCCUUGUCACGCCAGCAGGUGAGCUGUGUACAACGCCGGAGGCUGUGGCUGCUGAGUGGCGUCGUCACUUCGCUGACCUUGAGGGGGGCGACACCAUUGCGGUGACAGACCUGGUGCAGGGAUGUGUCAAUAGGCAACGAAGGCGAGGUACGCUCAGUGGGGUUUCUGAGUCGGAGGUCCCGUCCUUUGGGGAGCUGCUGCAUGCGUUGCAGCAGAUGCAGCCCCACCGUGCGUCGGGCCCGGAUUUGAUUCCACCAUCGCUGUGUGCUCGCUUUGCGGCCCCCAUGGCCGCCCUCCUAUGGCCUGUGUUGCUUAAGAGCGCAUUGAUGUCUACUGAAUGCGUGGGACUGAAAGGAGGCACCUUGCACCACAUUGGCAAGGCUUCCUCCUCCAAUUCCGCGUUGGCCUCCUCCCAACGGGGGAUCCUGCUUCAGCCAGUCGUGGGCAAGGCGCUGUACAAGGCGUUCAGGCGGCUUCCGGUGGAGCUCUUCGAGCGACGAGCCUCACCGCUUCAGUUCGGAGGCCGCAAGGGCCUCUCCUUCGAAAUGGGGCAUUUUAUCACGCGGAACUUCCUUCUCGCUGCUAAGCGGAUGGGUGUGUCUGCGGCCGUGGUCUUCUCAGACCUCGCCGCCGCCUAUUAUGCCGUUGUGCGGGAGGUGAUUGCCGGAGCCAGCCUCACAGAUUCGCCUCUCGAAAGUGUGAUUUCGACCCUUGGUCUGUCAUCGGGAGACUUGCAGGAGAUCCAGCACCACGUUUUCGAGGCCCCUGUGCUGGAAGCCGACUCGUGUCCGACCUUGCUCCACUCCCUUAUCAGGGAGGCGCACGCGGACACUUGGUUUCACGUAGCGGGCGACUCCACGAUCAUCCGGACGACACGGGGCACUCGUCCCGGGAGCUGCCUGGCGGACGUGGCGUUUAACCUCCUGUUCCAGCGGGUCCUGGAUCGCCGAGGGGCCUUUUCUGAUGAGAUCACACCACGGUUUUGGUGGACCGGCGACAGGAGACUAGUACCGUACUCCCCGGCUGCUCACGGGCGCGAGCAUCGUGCCAGCGUCUGUGACGUGGUGUACGCGGACGAUCACGCGGCUUGUGUGCUGUCUCGCACAGCCGGCGGCCUAACGCAAGCUGUGGCGCAUGUGAUGGGCCGUUCGCUCGAUGCUGUUGCCUCACAUGGGCUUACGGCCAACUUCGGUCCUCGGAAAACGGCCGCCCUGCUCGUUCACAGGGGUUCUGGGGCCAAGCCCGCGCGUGACUCCCUCUUUCGGCGUCAUCGUGCCAAAUUGGUUGUGCUGCGGGAGCACAGCGGGCCGGUGUGGCUCGAUGCGGUUCCCUCGUAUCGACAUUUGGGGUCAAUCAUCACCUACAACUCCUCGUUGCUUGCUGAUGUGAAGGCCCGCGUUUCCCGUGCUAAGGCCGACUUCGGGGCUGCUCGCAAGCGCGUCUUUUGCUGUCCGCCCAUACAGUUGCGCAAGCGUGUUAUCCUAUGCCGGCAGCACAUCCUCUCCGCACUCUUCGCUGGUGCGGGUGCCUGGCCUGCAAUGUGUCAAGGUGCCUGGCAUGUUUUGGACCAGGGCGUUCUGGCGCUACAUCGGCAGAUGCUGCGCAUUAAGUCGUCGGAGGGACAGCACUGGUCGCACGAUGAGAUCUUUGACCGAUGCGCAGCCCCAGACGCGGCGGAGCUGCUACACCUGGAGCGGCUCCGUUUCCUCGGGCGCCUUCUUCGCACAGGACCUGCAGAAGCAUGGGCUGUCCUACAGAACAGCCCCGAGGCGUUACAAGCCCUGCAUGAGGCUUGUGCGUGGCUUUACGCCGCGGUACACGGCACCUGUGCUCUUGGGGCGCCCCUUGAGGAUUGGGAUCGUUGGGUUGAGCUCGUCCUUGGUCGACCAAAGGCUUGGAAGGGGCUGCUUCGUCGAGCCGAAACCUGGCACAUAAUCGCGCGUGGAUGCCGUGUGUGCUGGUCCGGCUUUGUGCGCUCCACGUGGGCAACUCGGCCCCAGGCUGCGUGUGCACCCGGCACGCUUGAGCACGGCUGCCUUCUUUGUAAGAGGGCCUUUUCCAGCUUUCAUUCCUGGGCCUCGCAUGCUUCGCUCAAGCACGGUUAUAGGACUAAGCAUUUCCGGUUGGCCAAGGGUCUCCGCUGCAGGGCAUGCGGCUCCCUCUUUCCGUGUACCCGUAAGCUGCGUACCCAUUUGGGGCUAUCCCGUGCCUGCUUGCAAGCACUCGAGCGUGCAGACCCAGAUUUGCUCCCCGAGCUUCACGGGCAGGAUGGCCACGCCCAAUGUCGUGCUAGCGCCGGCCGCGGCACUGCACACCUCCCACCGGUUGUGGCCGACUACGAGCCUGCUCUCCUCGAUAAGCUUCGCACGCUCAUGCCCAGCACUGAUGAUGCGAUCUUCGAGGCGGUGAGAGAGCAUGUGGCCUCCUUUCCUGCUCUGCACCGCACAUUGCAGAUAUGGGUCGACGAGCUUGGCCCCGGAUCAGUGUGCGACGCCGCGGCGGAUGUGCUGCUGUGCAUGCAGGUCGAUCUCUUGUGUGAUGACGUUUUGCCGCGACAUGAUGGUCCUCGUCAUGCGCUGGUUGAUCCGCUUGUCUUGCCCCUCGUGUGGUGUCCGCGUCCUGCCGGACUUCCCGGGCUCCUCAGCGGCGCGUCGCUGGACUUGGGAUCGAGGAUCCUUGACAUCGCUCCCGGAGGCGGCUGGCGUACUUACCCCUUUUGGCUUCUUCCUCCCCCCGGGUUGGAUUUCGCAGGGGCUUAUGUCUUCCUCCCACCUCCGCCUACUCAGAGCCUCCCCUUUUGGGCGCUUCCUUCCUGUCCCUUGCGUACCGCUCGCCGCCACCUGCGCUGGCUUGAGACCUGCUUGGGCUGGAUUGCUACCGUGCUCUCGCUGGCUGCCGGUGGCCGGCGCUGUCACCUCUCCUUUGGCUUUUCGAGGAGUUCUCUCGCUUUGCUCGGGGACUGGUUCGAUACCUGCCAGGACGUGGCUCAGGGGCGCGGUGCUUUUUCUGUGAGUUUCACCCGCUGA